CCACAAUCUCCCACCCCUCUCUGAUUGGCUGUUGAAACCUUGGGGGGUACCCUCCCCUCUGUCCUUAAAUGUGGGGGGACCCACUCGCUCACCCCAUCUUCAUCCCAUCACUGCGGCACUUCUCUCAGAACACCGACCAAAACUACUGAGUGGACGGUUCAAAGGUCACGACAUGAAGGGCAUUGUGGGAGUUCUGGUCUGUGUGGCUGUGCUGCUAGGCGGAGACGGCGCUGCAGGAGAGCAGGCCUUGCAGGUGACGACUAUUCUGAAUGAGCCGUACACCAUGACCAAGGGCAGUGGUUUGGAGGGCUACUGCAUCGACCUGAUGUCUGAGCUGUCCAAGAAGCUGGGCAUGAGGUACCGCAUGCGGCUGGUCAAGGACGGAAAGUACGGCAGACAGGAUGCCAGCGGCAACUGGAACGGCAUGGUCGGAGAGGUGGUCAGAGGGGAGGCAGACCUGGCGGUGGCAGACCUGACUCUGACGGCAGGUCGUGAGAGUGUGGUGGACAUGACCAAGCCUUUCAUGCAGACGGGCCUGAGCUUCGUCAUGCGCCGCGACCUGGUGGCCCCGGCUGCCGGAUACAGCGACCUGCUCAGCCCCUUCUCCACUCACAUAUGGGUCGGCAUACUGGUGUCCUACCUGCUCACGUCUCUGUGCCUUUACCUUGUGACCAGAAUCAGCCCGUGUGAGUGGGAGGGUCCCCAGGUGGAGGAGAACAGCUUCAGUCUCCCGCACAGCUUUUGGUACAUCUUUGGAGCCCUCACACUGCAAGGAGCUGGCCCUCACCCGAAGGCCCUCUCUGGCCGCCUCGUCAGCGCCAUCUGGUGGCUGUUCUCCAUAGUGCUGCUGGCCACCUACUUCAGCAGGGUGAAUGCGUGGCUGAAGUCGGAUCACAGCCACCUCAGCAUCCAGAGCUUCGAGGACCUGGCCAAGCAGGACACCAUUGAGUACGGCACCGUCGAUGGAGGCUCCUCUCUCGCUUUUUUCAGGACCUCCCAGAACCCAGUGUACCGCAGCAUCUACGCCCACAUGGAGCGGCGCAAGACGCUGGUGUCCAGCAUGGAGGAGGGCAUCCGGCGGGUGCAGGAGGGCAACUUCGCCUUCAUCGGCGAGGCCGUGUCCCUGGACCUGGCAGUCGGCCGCUUCUGCAACCUGGUGCGCGGCCCCCAAGUGGUGGGAAUGAGGAGCUACGGCAUCGCGGCGCCGAUAGGUUCUCCGCUGCUGAAGAACCUGAGCAUGGCCGUCCUGCAGCUGAGUGAGUCUGGGGAGCUGGACUACCUGCGCAGCAAGUGGUGGCCCAGCAGCUGUGUGGCCCCCGGGGACCAGGGCUCCCCCCUCACGCCCAGCACCCUCAAGGGCCUCUUCCUGCUGCUGGCCCUCGGCCUGGGCGCCGGCCUCCUCAUGGCUCUACUGGAGCUCUCGGCCAAGGCCAGGACCCAGGCCAAAGACCACAAGAAGUCCUGCUGCUCCGUCUUGUCCUCCGAGCUGAGCCAGAGGUUCAGUGGGAACUCCGAGAAGACUCCUGAGGAGGCCGCGGAGAAGAGCAAAGCCUAAACUCAACCCAUGACCCCCCCCCCCCCCCACA